CUCGAUUCCCUCCCACAACCGUUUGAUUCAAUUGCGCUGGAACCCUAGCGAUACCUAAUUGACCAUUGGACGUACGUCACUCUUUUCUGGCGCUACAUCUUACUUAAGAGGGAUAUUGGGGGUGAGCUCUCAACUGGAGGAUUAUAGCAGUGCGAUUGUCAUUGGGUAGUUCAGUGACACUCUGCGCUGGAGGGAGUCCAAAACAAUAGGGACUCCAAGUGUUGUUCGCAGCUCGCUCUAUUACAUUGUGGUCUUCCGCCAGUCCGCUUAGGGACAGUGUGUAUUCGAAGCAAUCAAUUUCGACCCAAGUUUAUCGUCGCAUUUGUUUAUUGAGAAAACGCUCACCAAUAUGUCUCCAACCCCGCCAUCCACGACCUCGUCAAACGCUAGCGCAUUUUCGCCUGAAGGACAGUACAGGGUAAUCCGAAAGAGAAAUCGGGUGCCACUUUCCUGUGGCCCCUGCCGACAUAGGAAGCUCAAAUGUAACCGUGCACACCCGUGUGAGAACUGCGUGAAACGAGGAGAUGCUUCCUCAUGUACCUACGCCCAAGCAAGCGCACGUAAGAAGAACGCCCCGCAGCGAGUAUCACCUAGCUCCCCGGACGAUAUGCAAAAUAGGAUAGACCGGCUGGAAAGCUUGGUUUUGUCGUUGAUGACCAAUGGUUCACAGGCCGCAGGCCCAGCUGCGGCUAUGGCAGCACUCUCUGGCAACAGCAGCAGUAUUAGUUCUGCCCAACAUACAACUGAUUUAGAUCUGGAUGAAGACGCCUCAGGUGGCCCCGAGGAGAGCGAUACAGAACAAGUAACAAAAUCAUUUGGGAUAAUGAAGGUCGACAAUAAUAAAUCAUAUUAUUUUAGUGAAGCGCAUUGGGCGUCUGUCCUCAACGAUAUUGCCGAAGUGCGUAAUUACUUUUCUACGCACAAGAAACAGUAUGAGGAGCAGGCGGAGAAGCUAAAAGCAACAAAGCUUCCGACUGACGUGCCAGGGUCCACAUUGCUCUUCGGUGCUAUGAAAACAACUAGUCGUGCAGAGAUCAUGUCUUCGCUUCCCUCCAAAUAUACAACAGAUAUCUUAGUCGCCCGGUAUUUUAACAGCUAUGACCCCUCAACCAAUAUUCUACAUGGACCUACAUUUCAGGCCCAAUAUAACAAACACUGGGAAGACCCGUCACAAACCUGUGUAGUCUGGAUUGGUAUGCUGUGUGCGAUUAUGCGACUUGCCAUGCUAUCGUAUCAUCGAGAGGGAGAUGAACCACCGGAGUUUCGAGGGAAGACUCUAGACAUGGCAGGCACCUUCCGGAACUUGAUGGCGCAGUGUUUAACGCUGGCUGAUUAUACCAAACCUUACCCGUGUUUGAUUGAGUCCUUGAUAUUCCAUCUGCAUGGAGAUUGGAUUCAAACAAAAGAUGCCGAUGUGUCCGUUUGGGUGCUUGUAGGCGUGAUUGCUAGGUUGGCUAUGAGGAUGGGUUACCAUCGCGACUCAAAGAUGUUUCCCAAUAUCACACCUUUCCAAGGCGAAAUGCGUCGGCGAGUAUGGACAAUCGUGCGGCAGUACGAUCUUAUGUUCUCAUUCCAAGUGGGCCUACCCAGCAUGAUUCGCUCCGCCGAUAGUGAUACGGAAUUUCCACGGAAUUUGUACGACGAUGACUUUGAUGAGAACUGCAAAGAGCUUCCUCCUUCACGGCCACCAAAUGAACCUACACCAGUCGCAUGCUUGAUAGCCAAAGGUCGCUUAACAUAUGCCUUUGGUCGUGUUAUUGAGUAUACCUCUUCCAUACAAAGUCCAUCUUACGACCAAGUUAUGGAGAUUGACGCCGAACUUCGCCGAGCGAGGGACUUGAUCCCUGAACAUCUUAUUGUUCGCCCUGUCGAAGAGUCUCAGUUGGAGCCCCCGAAAAUAGUUAUGGCACGAUGUGCUAUAAUGAGUGUGUAUCACAAAGCGCAGUGUGUUCUCCAUCGACGAUACCUCGUUCGAGCGCGUGAAAAUCCUCGAUUUACAUACUCGCGGAGGACCUGUAUUGAUUCUGCCAUGGAAUUGCUUCGAUUCCAAUCAAUGCUGCACGCUGAAACCAUGACGCGCAUCCCGAACAAACAUGACAGACUUACCGCACUCGUAUCUACAGAUUUUCUACUUGCUGCGACCAUCGUCUCUCUCGACCUCUACCACGGACAUCAAUUCCAAUCAGGGGGCCGCGCCUCCGGCGAUACCUACGCCUGGGGAAGGGAGCGGCGCGAGGAAAUGAUAGCGGCAGUACAGCGCUCUAAAGAGAUCUGGGACGAACUUCGUGACGAUGCCCUGGAGGCGUGGAAAGCGUCGGGAGCUAUUGGGGUGAUGCUUGCCCGACUGAACUUGGGCUACUCGGACAGCAAUACCGCCGCUUCUAGCUUCGAGCCUCAGGAUGAGAAGCAAAGUGCUGCCAUGACAUUGGGUCUUCUCAGUAGUGGAAUGAGCCCCAUGAACCCAACUCCUCCCGCCUUUGGCGAUGGCGCCAUUAAAAUGGGCGAGACACCACUCCCGUCACAGGGAGGAUUUGGAGCGAUGGCAGAUAUGCCAGGAGCUCCUUCGCCUUUAAGUGCUAUGUUUGGGCAAAUGCCAGAUAUGCAGCUCCCUCUGGAUUGGGACACCUGGGAUAACUAUAUUCAGAAUGCAGCGCUUGAUGCCUCGAACCAGUGGUGGCCAACAAUGGAUCCACAGCAACAGCAGCAACCCCAACCGCAAUCCCAGAAUGCGUUAGCCUCAGCUGGUUUAGCAUCGGUGCAGGGCAGUGCUGCAGACAAAAUGCGCUCGUUGCCUUCUUUUUCCAACGUCUUUUACCCCGAUGCCAAUGUUUACGAGAACAAUAAUUCACCGACCAACAAUGCGGGCACACGUUAAGCCAGCCUGUGAAAUACUGUCUCAGAGUUCACCUGUCUUCUUUUUGAGAAUGGGGAAAUUACGUUAAUGUGGCCAUGAAGUCUUGGUUAGUACUGGAUUGUAAAAUAUAACGCUGGUUGUUUUAUCAGUUGCCAUUUCAAUUCGCGAUGUUCCAUGUCUCUAUGUCAAUGUUUCUGGUAUAGAUAAUGAGGGGACACCGGUGCCAGUGUAUAUAUUCGUUAUGAAUUAUGUAGCUCCUUUUACGCUCAUUCCACUCUAGAUACAAGUAUAUAGAGCCUCACGAAAUGUGAGACCUGUACGAGAGGACACGCUCCCUAUUGCACGGCUGCAAAUUAUUUUCUAAAACUUGCUAGAGACUUUACGGAGUAUGCUUCUAAAAUCAGGCAAU